AUGGAUGAAUUAUUCAAUGACGUAGAGGACGUGCCCGACGACGCCCAGGACGACCUCCACGAACAGGACGACGUCGACAUGGACUUUCUGCAGCUGGCCAAUGGCGACGAUGCCGGCGGCGGCGACGACGACGACGACAAUGACGAUGACAACGAUGAUGACGACAACGACGACAACGACGACGACAACGAGGAUAACGACGAAGAUAUGGAGGACGACAACGACGAAGAUAACGAUCAGGAAGAAGAGAACGACGACGACGAAGAGAUGGAGGAAGAUGAUGAGGAAGACGACGACUCAGAACAGCCGACGCAGGACGUGAAGAUGGAAGGCACCGAGGCCAGUGAGGGUCAGCCGGAGUCAGUCUCUGCUGAUACCGAGUCUGGCGAAGCUAAUGAAGACGCUAAGGAGUCUACUCGGACAUCCGCUAACGGUGAUACCGCCCACGAGCCUUCUCAGCCUCGACCGCGAGUCGACAGCACCUCGUCUCCCCGACAAGAGCAGCAGUUCCUGCCGCGACAGCUGUACCGUGUCAAGGCUCAGCUUGCUCUGAAUUUUGAUAUUAUCCCGCUGGUGGCCAUCCCCUACGCUGGCCAGUGUCAAUCGUUGGCGUUUACAUCGGGGCCUAAAUGGAUUUUGACUGGGGGUGAAGAUGGGUUUAUUCGCAAAUACGAUUUCAUACAAUCGAUCGAAGGGAAACUGCCAUUGACGAUGGCUCAGAAGCAUAAUCUUGUCGAUCUGAUAACAAAAGCCGGGGUCAUCGUCCUGUACUGGGAGAACGAACAGCCGGUGACAACGGACGAGUUGCUUAAACUGCACCCGAAACUAAAGCCGAGCGACUUGACGCUGGCGACAGCAUCUUAUGAACCUAAGACGAGUCCUGUGUACGCGUUAGAAGCUCAAAAGCUGGGGCUUUGGUGUUUAUCAGGGGUGCAACUGGGAGGUAUCAGUCUCUACUCGAUGCGUCAUUCAGAGGGGCAAAUACAGUACUACUUCCGCGAUGCUAAACUGGGCGGACUGGCCACGGGCCACCUGGAUGCGGUGUCGGUGCUUAAACUUAACGCCGACCAAACGCAAUUCCUUUCUGGUUCAUGGGAUAAAACCGUCAAGCUCUGGGAUUUAAAUACUGGCGGCAACGUCAUGACCUUUGCCGGUAGCACCGGUCAGAUUUCCAGCAUCCAAUUCCGACCACAGGAACUAGACAGUUUCGUCAUGGCCGAUCCUGGUGGCAGUGAUAACAACCAAAACAAUGACGACGUCGACCUGUUAUUUGGCAGUGACGAUGACGAAGGUGAAAAGGGUAAUGAGCCCAAGAAAGAGGUGCCGUCACUGCUGCUGGCGCUGUACCCUAAUUCGCAGGUGUUUAUGAGUUCAAGUAUCGACGGGACGAUUAAUAUCUGGGAUAUUCGAUCGCCGCAGGCGGUGCUUAAGCUCGGAGUGCCCAAUGGUACCCCUCCUUGGUGUAUGUCUCUGACAUGGUCCAACGACGGCUACCACGUGUUUGCUGGUCGCCGUAACUCGACGGUAGAAGAGUUUGACCUUAAGAUGCCUCAUAUCAAAUCAGUGGCGGGUAAUCUGGUCCCCAACGUGCUGAAGACGCUUGUGUUCCCUAAGAUUCUGGGCCCGGUGCUGACACUUGCCACCAUGCCCAAUGAGAACUUCUUGCUCUGUGGGUCGGUGGAUAAUAUCCGGUUAUACAACCUCAAAUUGUACGACGAUUUGGCGGCGACGGGAAAGAAGCAAGCGACGCCGUUUACGAUUAUUCCCGGCCACCAUGGCGGUGUUCUCUCGUGUCUCUGGGUCGACGAUACCGGCAGAUUCAUGGUGAGUGCCAGUGGCAACCGUGGGUGGGGCCAGUCGAACUAUACCGAGACGGUGAUCAUAUAUGAGAUAGAUUUUGACGUCUAG